CAGAGCAUGAAGAGGACCCGAGGGGUGGCGUUAGCGAGCUUAACUGCGCCAGCUUUAAGAUCGCUCCUGCUGCCAAACGGCUCGUGACCCGGCCCUCCCGGAGGCUGGGUAGGCUUGGGUGAUGACGUUGGAGGGAGGUGGUGACGUGAUUCCCUCGGCUCCGCCCAUGGUGGACCUCCUCCGCCUCAGGUGCUGCUUGGUUUGGGCCCCAGAAGUGACCCACUAGCUGGCCGGCUCUCUCGCGCGCGUGUGCGUGCGUGCCCACCCACGUCCCCCUCUUCAGGGUUGGGUGAUGGGAGAGGAGCCCCCGCAAGACGAACACAGGUGAGCGGCUGAGGCGAGAGAGAGAGAGCGCCGGCUGACGGAACGGGCGAGACUCCAGCGAUGUUGAGAAAUUUAAAGGCACUUUGGAAUCGAGAUUAAGCACUAAGAUGUUUUCCUACCAAGGGACGGUGAGAAGGUUGAGUUUGAAGAAAUUACCAUUGCAGCUUGUUGUCCAGGCAAGAGCCUUAUCAAGGGCUGAUGCUGUCAACGCUCUACGACCAUUUUAUUUUGCAGUGCAUCCAGAUUUCUUUGGCCAGCAUCCCAGAGAAAGGAAAAUCAAUGAAAAUUCUUUGAAGAGAUUAAAUGGGUAUUUGGAGAACCUCCAGAAACCUGGUUUCAAAUCUUUUAGACCAACUCAGCUCACAUUUUACGUACGAGAGAAAGAACAGAAGCCUUCUAGUGUCCAUGAAUCAUUUGGAGCAUCAGGAUUUAGAGCAGUGAGUUUCACUCUACGUACCAGGGACCUACUAAGCACAGUAUUAGACAUCUUGAACUCCUGUAGCUUAUCUACCGAGCAUGUCCAAAGCUUGAACAGCAAUGUGGAUACUCAAUCUAACCAGGGCGUCCAAAAACCAUUUCCCAGACCCAUCAAAUGGGAUAAAACUUACUACUCUUUUACUGGAUUCAAGGAUCCUGAGGAAGAACUGGAGCAGGCCCAGCGUAUGGAAACUACCCUGAGUUCCUGGUUAGAUAAUAAUGUGAAGAGUGCAGGAAAAAAGCUGAAGGAUAGCUUACCACUGAGAAAAGAAUUAGAGCGUUUGAAGGAUGAACUCUCUGACCAGCUACAGCUCUCUGAUAUUAGGUGGCAAAGGAGCUGGGGUAUUGCCCAUCGGUGUAGCCAGCUACACAGUCUAAGUCGGUUAACUCAACAGAGUCCAGAAGUGCCAAGGAAUGCCAAAGGAUGCACAGUGGUAUUUACAGACCGUUCUGGCAUGAGUGCAACAGGCCAUGUUAUGCUAGGAACUACAGAUGUUCACCAACACUGGUCUAAAAUUUUUGAGAGGCUGCCAAGUUACACUACACUACAAAGAAAGGUGCUGCUUUUGGAAGACCGUAUAAGUAACCUUUUGGGAGGCAUAGAAAUAAAUUAUGUUGAAGAACUACAGCCAAUGCUGACUUUAGAAGAGUAUUACUCUGUUCUUGAUGGCUUUUAUAACAGAGUACAUAACAUCAAGCUUCCGUUUCACCCUCGCAGUCUGCGUGGAUUGCAAAUGAUUUUAGAGAGUGACAGGUAUGCACCAAGUCUGCAUGAACUAGGUCACUUCAUUAUCCCAACAACCUGCGAUCCCACAGCCCUCCAGUGGUUCAUUAUUGCCAAAGCACAACAAGCAAGAGAGAAACUGAACAGAAAGGAAGAAUUAGUGAAACUAGAGAAGGAGCUGAUCCAGACUGCUGCAGAGAAAUUCUCCCUCCACCGGCUGUAUAAGGAGCCCAGCAUUUCCAGUGUGCAGAUGAUCCAUUCAUGCAGUAGACUGCUGGAGGAGUCACUGCCAUAUCUGGAAGACAUGCAUCUUUGCAUAUCACACUUCUAUUCAGUGCUGCAAGAUGGAGACCUCUGUAUCCCGUGGCACUGGAAAAAUGGAGGCUCCAUGUAGUGAACUGAGACUAUAUUUUCUGUAAAAGAAAAUGGAGUGCUGCUUUAGGACUUGAGUAAAUUAGGGAGAUGUGCAUUUUCAUGCCAGUAUAGUAACCAAAGUCAUCUUCUUGGUUUUAACAACUGUUCAGAAAGUUGCAUACUAUAAUCAGAAACAGUUUUUUUAAAUUAUAUAUAGUCUUAGCAAAAGGCUGAAUGGUUUCUAUAUAAAGUCUAUGAUAACUCUGCUUCAGAAUUUUAAUAAAAGAAUAUUUUGGGAAUGAGUUAUUCAAGAACUGAUUCAAAUAUGAAAAGCACAAAAAUGUGGAUGUUUUAUACAGUAUUUUGCAAUUUGUGAAUUAUACUUGUAAUCUACAUGAACGAUAUGUUUUGUAAUAGAUAAUGAAUUGUGCUUAGAUAUGCAUUCUCCACAUUGAAGUGAAUGUGUGUUACAAAUCGUGCUGUCAGAGAAUUGUGGACUGUAAAGGCUAGAGAACUAAUAUUUGAGACCAUGACUUGUGUGCCAAAGUUCUGUUUAUAGAUAAAGCAUACUUUAGCAGAAGAAAAUAUUUAUUUUGGAAAAGUACUGUACAGCUUAUUUGAGAUUUUAUAAAUGGCUGCUGAAAAGCAUUUCCUAUUAAAUAUUGCACUUUUCAACCUUUUUCUUUCAGAGAAAUAGAGAAAGAAUAUCAACCUAUGUUAUGCUUCUCUUCUCUGUAUGCUUUGUAAGUUAUUUUCUUUUAGACUAAGGAGCUAAUGUGUGAUGUUCUGCAAGCACAUUCAGGGCUGCCCAGAGCGAGACAGCUGGGGAAGAUUGCCCUGGAAUCCCUGCCUUAGCUCUUACGUGUACUGUUAAAAAUGCCCUGGCCCUCCUACAUUGUUCACCAGAUCUUCACAUGGACAAGUAGGACCUCCCACAUGUCACAAUUUUCCCAGGUAAGAUUAACGCUUUGAACAGCUUUGUCUGUAUUGCACCUUACUUUAGCCGAAGUGUAGAUUGUGACUGCAUGGAAACUGUACAGGUGUACCUCAGUUUAUGAAAUUAAUGCGCCCCCUGGGACAUUACGUAAUGCGAAAAUUUCGUAAACUAAAAUCCGGAUUGCGCUAGGAACGGGGGCAGUGCUAUAAACCUUCAGGCGCAAUGUGUCCUGGGGAAACCCUUUCGUACAGUGGGAAAAAGAGGGGUGGGUGGAAAUUUAAACCGGGGCAUUAUUUUCUAUGGAU